UGGGCGUUGCCAAGAUGGACGCUUUGCAGGCUCGGGAGCAGCUCCGGCGAAGAUACCUGUUCCCGCGGGACACCGAGGCCCCGCUGGACGGCGAGGGCCGCGCCGGGCCGGAAGUCUCUACCGCUGUUGAGAGAAAGGAGAAACCUCUUCCAAGACUUAAUAUCCAUUCUGGAUUCUGGAUUCUGGCAUCCAUUGUUGUGACCUACUAUGUUGAUUUCUUUAAAACCAUUAAAGAAAACUUCCACAGUAGUAGCUGGUUCCUGGCUGGCGGUGCCCUGCUGCUCAUCAGCCUGUCCAUAGCCUGCUACUGCAUCCUCUACCUGGAGUGGGGUCGUGGGAUCCAGGACUACGACGCCAAGUAUCCAACCCUGAUCCCCAUUACGACGGCUGCUUUCAUCGCGGCCGGGGUCUGCUUCAACGCUGCCCUGUGGCCCGUGUGGUCCUUUCUCACCCCGCUGGUGCUGUUUACCCAGUUCAUGGGGGUUGUGAUGCUGAUCUCACUCCUUGGGUGAUUUCCAGAGGUUUGAGCGUGCGUCACUUCGACGUGAGUGACUGACCGGCCUCCUGCCAGCGUCAAGGGCAUGACGCACUCCGACGUGUGCCCACAUCUAGGACACGAGCGGUUUCCUCAGAGGAGCCGUGACCUUGCAGUCCGGCUGCAGUCAGAAUAAAUUAGAUUUCCUUUGCCCGUCCUCAAACUCAAGUGAUUACUGAAUUUUUCAAUAUCAGAAUAGAAAUACUCUGAUCAGAAUAGAAAUAACUAGUGUGCGGCGUUAAUCCCUGAGUCGUUGGAGGAAGCGUCGGCGUCAACAUUCAAGCGUCGCGGGUCCGCGGCGUCUUCCCUCCGUCGGGCGAGUGGUCGCGUGUGGUCGCCGUGCGCCCGCCCAUUUUUACAAGGGUGUCGUGAGGCGCGAGGACCGCUCGGAAGCACCGUGUGUGUUCCUGCCUCUUUAGGUUUUACCACGGGUCCACGACUGGGUUCCGAGCAUCUGUUUAACAUGGGCGCUUUUCAUCAUUUAUAAGCACGUGUACUUUUUCCUUAACGCUUAAAUAAAAUAUUUUUAUGACCC